AUGGCUUCUUCUCCAGUUGUGUUGAUUCUAGGCGCUGGCAGCAAUGUCGGUCAACAUGUUGCCCGCGCAUUUGCCGCCAAAAACUACAAAGUUGCUCUUGUGGCUCGCAAACUGAAGGAAGAAGAAAGCACUCCGGAUCAGCUGAAUAUUCCGGGUGAUCUCUCCAACCCAAAUACCGUAGUUGACGCCUUUGCAAAAGUCAAGGCAGUUUUUGGCCACCCCAGUGUGGUUGUAUACAAUGCUGCUGCUGUUACGGCCAACGACGCCAAGAACCCACUCUCUUUGACUUUGACCGACUUUGCUCGCGACUUGAACGUCAACACUACUAGCGCUUUCGUUGCUGCCCAGCAGGCUGUUACGUCGUUUGAGAAACUGUCUAGCUCCGACUCCAGGACAUUCAUAUAUACCGGCAAUAUUCUGAAUCACGGCCCCCUGGCGGCUUUCCCGACUCUGUUGGACCUUGGGGUGGGAAAAUCAGCAACGGCGCAUAUCAUUCAGGCUGCGUCUAAUGCCUAUAAGGAUCAAGGUUUCAAAUUCUAUUAUGCAGACGAACGCAAGGCCGAUGGGUCGGCAGCAUUCGCCAUUGAUGGAGAAGCACACGCCAAAAUUUUUACCCAGCUAGCAGAAGGAACUACCCAGGGGCCUUGGGAACAAACAUUUGUCAAGGGGGUGGGAUACAAAAAUUUUGCGGCCAGCAACCUAUAG